CCAGGUCCCUGCUUCUCUUAGCCAGGUGGGGUGCAGAAGCUGUGGAGGCCUAAGGGCCCCCACGGUGCCCCAGAACAGCCAUGGCUCCAAAGCGCAAGCCCUCUGUGCAGCGUGAGGGCCCUGAGAAGAAGAAACAGGGGUCAGAGGAGGACAGCUUCCACUCCACUGCCAAGGCCCUCAGAGCUGCGCCCACAGAGAAGCACAUAGUCUGAGUGGACCCCGCAUGCCCACUCAGCUGCAGCCCUGGGACCCAGGUGCAUGAAGACUACGACUGCACCCUGAACCAGACCAACAUCGGGCGCAAUAACAACAAGUUCUACAUCAUCCAGCUGCUGAAAGACGGUGACCGCUUCGUCUGCUGGAACCGCUGGGGCCAUGUGGGAGAGGUGGGCCAGUCAAAGCUCAACUACUUCGUGUUACUGGAGAAUGCAAAGAAGGACUUUGAGAAGAAAUUUCGAGACAAGACCAAGAACAACUGGGCGGAGCGGGACCACUUUGUGGCCCAUCCCGGCAAGUACACACUUGUCGAAGUACAGGGAGAGGACGAGACCCGAGAAGCCGUGGUGAAGGUGGACGGAGGCCCAGUGAGGACCGUGGUUCAGCGGGUGUGGCACUGCUCCCUGGAUGCAGCCACACGGAAGCUCAUCACCAAUAUCUUCAGCAAGGAUAUGUUCAAUAAGGCCAUGGCCCUCAUGAACCUGGAUGUGAAGAAGAUGCCCCUGGGAAAGUUGAGCAAGCUGCAGAUUGCACAGGGCUUCGAGGCUUUGGAGGCACUGGAGGUGGCCCUGAAAGCCCCCACAGAUGGUGGUCUCUGCCUGGAGGAGCUGUCCUCCCGCUUCUACACUGUCAUUCCCCACAACUUCGGCCGCAACCGGCCCCUGCCCAUCAACUCCCCUGAGCUUCUGCAGGCCAAGAAGGACAUGCUGCUGGUGCUGGCAGACAUCGAGCUGGCCCAGACCCUGCAGGCAGCCCCUAAGGAGGAGAAGGUGGAGGAGGUGCCACACCCACUGGACCGAGAUUACCAGCUCCUCAAGUGCCAGCUCCAGCUGCUGGAUGCAGAGGCACCUGAGUACAAGGUGAUACACACCUACUUGAAACAGACCGGCAACAACUACAGGUGCCCUGCUCUUCAGCAUGUUUGGAAAGUGAACUGAGAAGGGGAGGGACAUAGGUUCCAGGCCCACUCCACGCUGGGUAAUCGGAGGCUACUGUGGCAUGGCACCAACGUGGCUGUGGUGGCCGCCAUCCUCACCAGCGGGCUCCGCAUCAUGCCGCAUUCUGGUGGCCGCCUUGGCAAGGGCAUCUACUUCACCUCGGAGAACAGCAAGUCAGCUGGCUAUGUUACUGGCAUGCACUGCGGGGCCCACGACAUCGGCUACAUGUUCCUGAGUGAGGUGGCACUGGGCAGAGAGCACCGUGUCACCACCGAUGAGCCUAGCUUAAAGCAGCCACCCCCUUGCUUCGACAGUGUCAUUGCCCAAGGCUGCACAGAACCCGAUCCAACCCAGGACACCAAGCUGGAGCUGGAUGGCCAGCAAGUGGUGGUGCCCCAGGGCCGGCCAAUGUUCUGCCCAGAGUUCCGCUGCUCCAGCUUCUCCCAGAGUGAGUAUCUCAUCUACCAGGGCCAGUGCCGCCUGCGCUACCUGCUGGAGCUUCGCCUCUGAGCUGUCCGCCGGC